AAACCAGCACACGCUGCUACUGCAACACGACUAAAGAACUUUUAAUCUGCUGUAAAAUACUAAAUCCAUCAUCAGAUUUAUUAUUUAAUUAUACAGGAAUGUGUUUUAGUUCUAAAUAGGUGCUUUAUUUCUGAUCAGAGAGAGUUUGUGAUGGCUGGGAAGAAAAAAGAAAUGAAUUUACAGAUGUCCAUCAGUAAUGAUGAGCAGUGGCUGGAGAUGCUGGAGAUCAAAGGUUUAACAGUGGUGGAUGUGUUCCAGCAGUGGUGUGGACCCUGCCGCGCCGUCGUGAGCCUGUUCCGAAAAAUCAAGAACGAGCUGGGAGACGACCUGUUACACUUCGCCAUCGCUGAAGCUGACAGUAUUGAAGAGCUGGAGAAGUACAGAGGGAAGUGCGAGCCGACCUUCCUCUUCUAUGCUGGGGGGGUGCUGGUGGCGCUGUUACGGGGGGCAAAUGCGCCUCUUCUGCAGAAGAUGGUGGUGGAAGAGCUGGCCAAGGAGAAACGGGUGAUGGAACAGGGCGCCGAGCGCAGCGUGGUGAAGGAGAAUAAACUGGCUGAAGAAGAACAGAAGGAAAAUAUAAACGCUGAACAGACUGAUGGAGACGUUACCGUUGCUGUUGACAGAUCGUACACGGUGGCCGUUAUUAAACCAGACGCGGUUACACAAGGAAAUACGAACGAGAUCAUGACAAAGAUUGAGGAGGCAGGAUUUGAGAUUCUGGUCGGUGAGGAGAGAACGCUGAGCGAGUCCGAGGCUCAGCAGCUUUACCAGCACAAAUCAUCAGAGCCUUACUUCGAGGAUCUGAUCCAGUUCAUGUCCAGCGGCCCCGCCCAUGUUCUGGUCCUUUCUAAGCACGAAGGAAGUGAUGUCAUCUCGGCCUGGCAGGAGUUCCUGGGGCCGGCACAUAUGGAAGAGGCUAAGAGAGAGAGUCCACAGAGUCUGCGGGCUCAGUACGGCACAGAGAACCUCCUCGACGCUCUCCACGGCAGUCGUGAUGCCGAGGACGCCGGCAGGGAGCUGGCCUUCUUCUUCCCCAACUUCAGACCCGCAGAACCGGAACCUGCGCCCGCGGAGAGGACGCUGGCACUGAUCGGGCCCGACGCCGCCAGGGAAAACAGAGAGGAGACUCUAGCAGGAAUCCAGGAAGCCGGAUUUACAGUGGUGAUGCAGAAGGAAGUGACGCUAACAGAGGAACAAGUGCGUCGGUUCUAUUCCCAACACCAAGAUGAGAACGACUUUCCCUCCCUCCUCACCAAAAUGACCAGUGGUCCAGUGCUGGUCCUGGUCCUGACAAAACAUGGAGCUGUGGAGCACUGGAGGAAUCUGCUGGUACCCUCAGACCCAACACAGGCAGAACUGACACAACCACAGAGGUUCCCAGUGGGGGGCGAGUAUGUGAACCAGCUCUAUGGAAGUGAGACUUUGGAGGAAGCCGAGCGGGAGAUCAGCUUCUUCUUCCCCGUGGAGUCCACGCUGGCUCUUAUCAAACCUGACACAUCAGAGGAGCACAGAGAGGAAAUCCUGAGAGAGAUCAGAGCUAACGGCUUCACCAUCAGCCAGCAGCAGGACCGAGUUCUGACCCGAGAACAGGUCCAGGAGUUCUACAGAGAACACAGGACUCAGGAACACUUCAGCCGGCUCCUGGACUACAUGUGUCGCGGCUCGUGCACGUUUCUGGUUCUGACUAAACAGAACGCGGUGGAGGACUGGAGGGCGCUGAUGGGACCCACCGAUCCCAGUAAAGCCAGAGAGACGGCGCCGUCGUCCCUGAGAGCUCGCUUCGCUAAAGACGUCCUGGAGAACGCGGUUCAUGGUUCCUCGAGCGCUCAGCACGCCCAGGAGAACAUCCAGCUCAUCUUCAGCCACAUCAGUGCACGUAACGGGGACGUUACCGGAGAGGACGAGGACGGGCCUGAUCCACUAGAAACAGAGGAAAGCUUCGCAGAGCUGAAGAACCUCCAGACAUCAAGAUCUCCAUCAUUUAGUGAACCGAGGAACCAAACAGAACCAAGCAGUGAAGAACCAGGGGGAACGGCACACUCGGAGGCAACAGAGAGCCAGAACACCACCGACCUGCCUGACGAGAAGGAAGAUCCAGAGACGUCCACGUCCAGCAACCAUCACAAAGGAGAACAGACAGACGUUCAGGGUGAAAAUUCCCAAAGUCGGGAGGAUUCCUAAACAGAGGACGAGAUGACACCCGCCUGACCAAACAUGCAAUUACAUUUACACUGUGGCAUUUAUUUAGUGGGCGCUCGUAUACAAAACGACUUACAAUUAAUGCAGAAUUAAGGUUUUAUAAGAUCAGGGUCGUGCUCAUGGGCCAACAGUGGCAACUUAGGCCCAAAGUGGUGGAGCUUGAACCAGAACCAUUCUGAUUACUAGUAAAGUACCUUAACUGCUGAGCUACCGCUGCAUAGUUUGUAACAUGUUCUAAUAAACUUGUGAAACGGGUGCAAUGUA